UUUUCGUUCUUUGUGGAAGUGGGUCAGCGGCGGGUCCGGGUUCGGGUUCGCAAUCGGGAUCGGGAUCGGGAGGGGGUCCUCGCCCCCUUGGACGGGGAGCCGGAGACGGAUUAUUCUCUGCGGGGCAACACCAACAAUUUCCAUUCAACCUGCUGUGAGAGGUUUAUUGGAAAAAAAAACCCAACUGGAAGCAAACCACGGCUGAAGAUGUAGGAACAGCAACAAGUGAACUGGCCCGAGGACUGAGAACAUCAACUGGAGAGAACAACACUGAAUCAGGUGACUUGGAGUUCCCAGUGAGUCAGUGAGGAGGAAGUUUGUAACAUUCAGCAGAAAUGUUUGGUUCUCCUUUUUAUUGGAAGAAAAACCCCAACUAGAAGCAAACCACGGCUGAAGACGAGGGAACAGCAACAAGUGCACCAGCCUGAGGACUGAGAGCAUUAACUGGAGAGAUCAACUCUGCCUCAGGAGAAUCGGAGAUUCCAUUGAUUCAGUCAGGAGAAAGUUUGGUCAUUCUCACUAAUUUCAAAGGUCUUCGCUUCGAACUGCUGGGUUGUUACAAUGAACAUCUGAAGUCUGACAGCAGACUAGCGAGUGAAUGGAGCAGAGUCAGAAACCAAGUUGCCAGUCAGAGAUUUGGGGCUCCAGAAAGAGAUGGGGCCUGGUUUACAAGGAGGAGGAAGAAGAGAAACCGAACCUGCAGGAUGUGGCUACAAAUGAAAGAUCAGACACAUUUGGAAUCUGCUUGAUUGGAAAAAAAGGUGGUUAAUUUCUGCAAAAUACUGGAGGAAAUCAACAGAUCAGGCAGCAAAUGUGGAGAGGAAUAAAUAGACAACGUUUACGCCGAGCCCCUUCAGCAUGCCUAGACUGUGUACUCCUCUGCUUAGUUGCUACCUGAACUGCACAGUUCCGCCAGCAUUGUGUGUGUGUCUGUGUGUGUGUGUGUGAGAGUGUGUGUGUGUGCGUGUGUGUCUGUUUGUGUGUGUGUGUGUGUGUGUGCGUGUGUCUGUGUGUGUGUGUGUGUGAGUGUGUGUGUGCGUGUGUCUGUGUGUGUGUGUGUGUGAGUGUGUGUGUGUGCGUGUGUGUCUGUUUGUGUGUGUGUGAGUGUGUGCGUGUGUCUGUGUGUGUGUGUGUUUCUAGCAACUGCAGAAUCUCUUGUGUUUUAUAUCUGCCUCUGUAAGAGGGUUAUACGAGAGGCAUUAGGUAAAUAGAAUGCCUGUUGAUAUUGUUUUUGGGAGCCACUUUCUACGUUAAAACAGCUGCUGAGUUUUCGACACAGAAAAAAAAACCCUGAGGUGUGGACAUGAAACGGGUGCUAGCAGGAAUGUUUAAUGGCACCGCGAUUACUCAUAAAGCCCUGGGUUUAAAAUUUCGCUGCUUCUGAAGCAACGAUCAAAUACGCAGGCAUCAAGGUCGAUGACGUCACCGAAUAGCACGCAUGCGCGCCGUAGACAAAGGACAUCCGGAGGAUCGGUAAAGGUUAAAAAUGUCAAGGAAUUUGUCUACGGGAAUCUCAAACACAACACACCAGUUUUGCUGUCUUUGUCCAGAUAUUUAAGAAGUGCAGCAAGGGAUUCACUCGAUCAUCCUUCCUGCUCAGACUGUGGGGAGGGAUUCACUCGAUUGUCCUUCCUGCUCAGACUGUAUGGAGGGAUUCACUCUGUCAUCUAACUGACUGGCACACCCAUCGUUUUACAUGGCCGUUCACCUGCUCAGACAGUGGGAAUGGAUUCACUCGGUCAUUUCAACUGAAGGUACUUCAGCAAGUUCACACUGGGCAGAGGCUGGUCAUCUGCUGAACUUGUGGGAAAGGAUUCACUCGGUCAUCUGACCUAAUGGCUCACCAGCGAGUUCACACCAGGGAGUGGCCGUUCACCUGCUCAGACUCUGGGAAGGGAUUCACUCGGUCAUCUGACGUAAUGGCUCACCAGCGAGUUCACACUGGGGAGAGGCCGUUCAUCUGCUCAGACUGUGGGAAGGGAUUCAUUUCGCCAUCUAAACUGAAGAUACAUCAGAGAGUUCACACUGGAGAGAGGCCAUUCACCUGCUCAGAUUGUGGGAAGGGAUUCACUCAGUCAUCCUACCUACUGGUACACCAGUCAGUUCACACUGGGGAAAGGGCGUUCACUUGCUCAGAGUGUGGGAAAGGAUUUACUCAAUCAUCCACCCUAAUGGCUCACCAGCGAGUUCAUAGUGGGGAGCGGCUGUUCACCUGCUCGGACUGUGGGAGGGGGUUCACUCGGUCAUAUAAACUGAAGGUACAUCAGCGAGUUCACACUGGAGAGAGGCCAUUCACCUGCUCGGACUGUGGGAAGGGAUUCACUCAGUCAUCUCUACUGAAGUUACAUCAGCGAGUUCACACUGGGGAGCGGCCGUUCUCCUGCUCAGACUGUGGGAAGGGAUUCACUUGCUCAUCUCAACUGAAGGUACAUCAGCGAGUUCAUACUGGGGAGAGGCCGUUCACCUGUUCAGUCUGUGGGAAGGGAUUCACUUUGUCACCUCACCUACUGAGACACCAGUUAGUUCAUACUGGGGAGUGGCCAUUCACUUGCUCAGUCUGUGGAAAGGGAUUCACUGAAUCAUCUUUCCUGCAGAGACACCAGUCAGUUCACACUGGCAAGUGGCGGUUCACCUGCUCAGACUGUGGGAAGGGAUUCAAUUGGUCAUCUCACCUGCUGUCACACCAGUCAGCCCAUACAGGGAAAGGGCUGUUCACCUGCUCAGUCUGUGGGAAGGGUUUCAUUUCAUCAUCUCAACUGAAGAUACAUCAGCGAUUUCACACCGGGGAGAGGCCUUUCUCCUGCACAGACUGUGGGAAGGGAUUCACUAUGUCAUCUCAUCUGAAGGUACAUCAGAGAGUUCACACUGGGGAGAGGCCAUUCACCUGCUCAGACUGUGGGAAGGGAUUCACUUCGUCAUCUCAACUGAAGGUACAUCAUAGAGUUCACACUGGGGAGAGGCCGUUCACCUGCUCAGACUGUGGGAAGGGAUUCACUCGGACAUAUCAACUACAGAGACACCAGCGAGUUCACACUGGGUAGAGGCCAAUUUCAUGCUCAGACUUUGGGAAAAAAUUCUCUCAGCUAAAUCAACCAAUGUAUAUCACUGUUGACACUGGGGAUAUUCCCUUCACCUGCUGUGAAUAUGGGAAUCGAUUCACUUAGUGAACUAACCUUAUGUAACUCUUGAUUUGGCUAGUAGCUUAAUAUAACGGGUGAUAGACCCCAGCCUGGCUAAACUUAAGAAAUAUCAUUUGGAUGGAUGCUGUGUGAUGUGUCCCCUGCUACAAAUCAGAACCCUGAAAUAACAGUAAACAACAUGUGAUUAAACAAUUGAGCUUUGUAAUUCAUACUUUGACCAGUGGGUUAGUAAAGAAAGCAAAUUUAAGAAAAAGAAAAAGGACCCAUUCUCUCCAUUUGCAUUUUCUCAUCUCUCCCUGGCAAAAGACCAUGAAAAUCUCUCUUCCAGACUCACAAGAAAGAACAUUUCUGUCAUUGGAUAGCCCCAUAGUCGUAGCCUAAACAUUGCUGCUACUGAGAAACCAUUACCUCAGCUGGGAAACUUUACUGAGAGGUCCUUACAUUAGCAGUGAAACCUUACAGCAUGUAAGACUUGUGAUACACUACUGGGUUCACACUGGGGAGAAAGUUUCAAUGAGCUGCAUGCUGGAUAUUUGUCCAUCACCAUUGCUGAAUGCAACUUCGAGACUGACUGUCGGUGCUGAACUCUGCAAUUAUUGCUGCGGCUCACCACACCCAGUUCUGCACCCUGGUCACUGGGCAUGGGAGGAGUUUCUUCUGCUGCACAUUCACCUUUAAUGGGACUGGAGUUUAAUAUUCUGGAUCUGAGACAAAUAAAUCAAUUAUAUUUUAAACUCUGUCUCUGGUACUUACUGAAUUUAUAACACACCUAGUGUACAGUAGAGAGUCAACUCAAGCCAGCUGGACCCUGCCAGUGAUCCAGUUCCACAACAGUUCUUUUAAAUCUUCUCCUGUUGUUCAUCUCUCGCUCUCCCUGGGUGGUGAGAUCCACCACUGGAUCCAUAUUCCAGUGGUGACGGAUUCCAAACAGACACCACUCUGUGGUGAAGAGGUUUCCCUUGAGUUUUCUGCAGAGUGAAGAAGUCGAGGAGAAGGAAAUCAGAAGUGGGGUGUGGCAAUGUCAGAGUUGAAACAUUUUGAAGCUGAUUGACAGAGAAAAUCUUUUGUUUGUCUGACUGAUAACACGAACAAUACCUGUGUUGAAGUGCUCCACUGUUUGAGGAACUGUGUGUGUUCGGAAAUGCUUUAUCUAUUAAGGGAGUUGUUCCUGCUUGUUUAUCUUGUAAAAUUAUAUCUGGAUCGUUGUUAUGGAUUGUCCUAUCUGAAAUAAUGUAUUGAUUAAUGUAUAAUUUUGUCAUCAUUUCAUCUGCUCAGAUUGUUGGGAUGUCUCCCAUGGAGGAUCAUACUCGUUCAACUGAUUAAUGUUUCCUUCCAUAGUGAUGAUUAAUUUUUCUGAGUUGGCCUCUCAUUUAAGAUUUCCGGUCUGUAUUUCUUAUCACAAUUGCAUAUACACACAUGGAGUGCUGAAUCCAGUUCAUUUUUGAUGAAAACAUAUAUACCUUGAAGUUUUAUCUGACUGUUCUGUGAUAUUUUUUUAUUUCAUGUGUGUUAUUUCCCUUCCUCCAUCUGUCCAAGGUAGUGUUAAUCUAAGUGGGUUUGAGUGUAAAUAGUCUUUUCUAAAGCUUUCUUAUUGUUUAUCUUUCUAAAUUUUACUAAUUGAAAUGGGACCAAGAUAUUUUUAUAAAA